AUGGUAUCUUCAAGAAUGUGGAUUAAUAGAGCUAGAAGGUAUGUUGUCGGUAAGGGUGGCAUGAGUCUCAACCGCAAGUUAAUGAGUACCAGUGAGAGUGAAACGGUAAAUUAUGCUAACAGGAAAACUAUAAUCGAACAAAAGCCCCAAGGGUACUAUCCGCCCAUUGAUACAAUCAGACCCAAUGAUGCUAAAAGAAGCCGUAUACCGAACUUUAGACAGUCUUUUGAGAUGGUAGAUUUUGUUCAGUAUCCUAGCAAACGGUAUCCUGAGCUAUAUAAUAUAGAGGGUAAGAUCACAAGUAUACGAAAAUCGGGGAAAGCGAUGUACUUCAUUGAUUUGAUACAAGACGGGGCAAAGGUGCAGAUAAUGGCCAGUAAUAAGCUCAUGCAAAUGACAGCACAAGAAUUUGAUGAUGCCCAUGCGUUUUUCAGAAAGGGUGACUUUAUUUCGUGUGUUGGACAUCCCUCAGUCACCAACGUAGGUGAAUUGUCAUUAAAGCUAUGUAGACCCAUUAAUUUAGCGUCACCGUGCUUGAAUCUGAUGACGAUUCCCGACAAGAUAAAAGAUAGGGGUCUUAUAAAUAGUAACAGAGUUUUGGACUACUUGGUGAACGCCGAUCUGAAGCAAAGGCUAAUGAUAAAAUCCAUCGUCAUUCAGGCAAUCCGGCAAUUUUUUGUAAAGAGAGAUUUUAUGGAAGUCCAGACACCUAUCCUUGGAGGAUAUGGAACGGGAGCAAAUGCAGAGCCCUUCAAGACCAUUCUGAACGCGUUGAAAUCCACAGGGGAUGGUAGCAAGUAUUUACAGUUGAGAGUUGCUCCUGAACUCUGGCUAAAGAAGUUAGUAAUUAGUGGAUUUGAUAAGAUCUUCGAAAUAGGUCAGAAUUUCAGAAAUGAAGGCAUUGAUCUGACCCAUAACCCCGAAUUUACCACUUGCGAAUUUUACCAAUCAUUUACAAAUUUGAAUGAAUUGAUGAUAUUAACAGAAGAAUUAUUUGUGGAGAUCUUUGAUACAUUAAAGGAAAAGAAGCUAUCACUCGUGGACGAGCAACUACCAUCACUUUCUGCAUUGGCCAGUGGCACUUUUCCAAAGUACGAAUUCAUUCCUACAUUAGAACUGAAGACCGGUGUUGCAUUACCAAGCGAGUUGACUGCGGAAAGCUUGAUUGAAUAUUAUAACAGUAUAGGUCUUGAGGUUCCCGUAUUAAAAUCUCCAUCGAAUCUCCUUGAUAAUCUCUCAUCUAUCUAUUUGGAAUCAAUUUCUCAGGAUACAAAAACUCCCAUUUUCAUAUAUAAUCAACCUUCGGUGUUAUCUCCUUUAGCCAAAUCGGCAAUACUUGACUAUGACGGAAGAAGUUAUGAUAUUUCUUUGCGCUUCGAAUUAUUCAUUCAAGGUAAAGAAUACGUCAAUUCCUAUGAAGAGGAAAAUUCUCCAUUUGAACAGUCUAAGAAGUUUAAACUACAACAAUUGACAAAAACACAGUUUAAUGAUAAUGAAAUGAUUAUCCCUGAUUGGGAAUACAUAAAGCUGAUGGAAUAUGGUUUACCUCCUACGGGUGGAUGGGGAUGCGGAAUCGAUCGUUUAUGUAUGCUCUUCUCUGGGAGCGAAAGAAUUGAAGAAGUGCUUUCUUUUGGUAAUAUUAGAGAUGUCGUUAGACAGUAA